AUGGGGUCUGGUCCUCCCAGCCGGAAGCGACGGCGGGAAUUUACGGGCUGUUGGAGAUGCCGUGCGCGCAAAGUGAAGUGCGACCAAAAAUCACCGUGCUCGGCAUGCCAACGCCUAGGCCUAGAGUGUGAUAGCUCUAGUGCCCGACUCGUGUGGAUCAACGGGAAUGACUCCUACCGAUCCACUGGUCGGCGGGAUAUGCACUGUGAGCGUACAUGGGCGAAUCAUAGCAUCCUAAAAUCAGAUGUGGUUGAUCUUCUGAUCGAGAGAUGUGACAGCGAUAUAUCAGCUGAAAAGCAAUGGCCUGGGACAGUCGAUCACAAUCCGUUUUCUGUCUUCUCAGUGCUGCCCUCCACAUCGCUAAUAUCCUGUAUAAAUCAGGUUAUGGCAAGUGGCGGUACGGACACUGCUCAUGCAAAUAGCGAGGAUAGCUUCAUUUUCCACCAUUACGUCCACUACGUCGCAUCAGUCAUGAUGCCAUUUGAACAUCCCUGCAACCCAUGGAAGAAGUACUAUCCCGCAGUCUCGUUACAAUACAUCUUACCCGAACAGAAAUCCUUGUAUCAUGCUCUAUUAUCUCAUGCUGCCUUUAACCUUGCUCACUUGGGGUUCGACAAAACCAGGAUGUUGCGUCUAGCUACCAGGAACUACAACAUAUCUAUUCAGCACUUGAACAACAGCAUCCAGACUCUAGGAAGCGACUACAGCGGCACACUAGCUGCAAUUCUAACACUCAUGAUGGCAGAAGUCUACAGUGGGCAAUCCAGUAAUUGGAAACACCACCUACAGGGAGCCUGGGCUUUUCUCCUGGAUUCUAUGAAUACGGAGCCGUGGAAUGAGUCACAAUUCGCCUGCUUUUCUACCCAAAGUCUACUUAUUGUUCGAAUUAUCAGCGGCACAUGCGCAAAUGGCAGUAACACCUCUACCCUGAUGCUCACUCCCGACUUACAAUCGGCCUGUACUGUUCCUGAAAUGAUCACUCCAUCAGAGCCAGCUGAAAUCAAUCUGAUUCCUUCAACAUCAAAUUCCGAACUCGCUUUCGCGACCUCCAUUCUGUCUACUCCGCAAUUCGGAUUCACAAUUGGAGCCCAGAGGUCUCUCCUCGAAUGCAUUUCCGCCAUCACCACCGUCAGCCAGCAGAUGGCAUCUGGUGCAUUUGACACCACCCCAUUUGUCAUCGACAGCAUUAUCUCACGGAUCAUAGCCCGCCUAGAGCUCCACCGAGAACAAACCAACGAAGUCUCCCCACUCUAUGAAAUUACUCCAGCGUUCAAAGAGAUCGACCGUCCCGGUAAUCAAGUACAGGACCUAGCACGGUACCAGCUCAACGCAUUCCUCUACGCGACGUACAUCUAUCUGUACCGAGCGCUAUUGGAUGUUCCGCCGAGGCGUGUCACUACUUACGUAACACUGACCUUCCAAAAUAUUGCAGCCUUCUAUGCCCAGAGCAGCGGGAACCUGUCUCUAUGGCCAGCUUUUAUCGCGGCGGUAGAAGCGUAUACAGAGCCAGAUAUGGUGUCGGCGCAGAUGUGGCUGGAGCAUUCGGGACAGUUUGGACUAGGGAAUAGACUAGAGGUUAAGCGGAUUAUUGAGGAGGUGUGGCGAAGGAGGGAGGAGGCACAUAUAGGGAGGGCAAUAGACAAAGGUCGUAUAGCAGUUGAUUGGAGGGAAGUAGCGGGUGAUCUCGGGAUUGAUAUUUUGCUAGUUUAA